CUCGUUACUGUCAAAAUUUUAGAAUCAGCAAGUGAUAAUUCUUGUGAUAGUAUUAAUAAGUGAUAACUUCUUCAUCUUUUUACUCAAUGUGCGAUUGAGACACAUGCUCAUUUCCUCAAAAACUAGCRUAGUCUACAGUUGAUGCUUGUUGAAACGAAAGUUCUAUCAUAUGAUAUACGUUGGUGUUAUUACUGAACGGUUUGUGUGACAAGGGGCGCGCAUUGCGCAACUCCUACCAAAAUUCAACAGUGACAGCUGGGUGGUGUGAUAAUCGGUGGUAAUUGUAUGGAGAUUGUGAAAGUACACGUAAAUUUUAAAAGUUGAAAGGAAAUUAUCAAAAAGUAAUAUCGUAAUAUAAAAAAAUAUGAAGAAACGAAUGGGUGCUUCGGACGGCAACAGUUCGGCCGAUGAAAGUGGCGCUGAAUCUCAAAUUGCAACSAAUAGCAAUGCUGUCUCCGCAAAAUCAUCAAAACCACGCAAUUCCUCGUCUAUUUCAAAAGAUAAAGGACUGGACGAAUACGCUGAGACGUUCGUCAUUGUAAAUGAACGGCCAGUAGACGACAUUUCGCUUGAUUUCUUUUAUAAACCGCAUACAAUAACACUAUUUGCAAUAUCGGUACUAUGUAUGAUGUUCUUUGCCUAUGUCAGAAAUGAAACGAAUAUUGAGGAUAACAUUUGGGCUGGUAUCCUGUGUGCGGUGUUCUUCUUCUUAAUCAUCUCGUUAUUGGCGUUCCCGAACGGUCCAUUCACCCGUCCACAUCCGGCAGUGUGGCGUAUUAUAUUCGGCUGUUCGGUGUUAUACCUGCUAAUGCUACAGUUUUUCAUGUUUCAAAAUUACAAAACGAUCAUGAAUAUAUUCUACUGGUUGGAUCCGAAAUUGGAACACUUCCACAUCAACAUGGAAAAGGAAUAUGGUGCCAAUUGCUCAGACUUGAGCUUUGAUCGCAUAUACAGCACAAUCGACGUUUUCGCAUGGGGGCAUUUUCUCGGCUGGGCUUUUAAGGCUGUGCUCAUACGCCACGCUGGCAUACUGUGGGCCAUCUCAGUUAUGUGGGAGAUAACAGAAAUAACUUUCGCGCAUUUGCUGCCGAAUUUCGUUGAGUGUUGGUGGGAUGCGCUCAUCUUGGAUGUGCUCAUUUGUAAUGGUCUUGGCAUUUGGGUGGGUUUGAGAAUUUGUAAAGCGCUUGAAAUGCGCGAAUAUAAAUGGGCGAGCAUUAAGGAUAUCUCAACGACUACGGGUAAACUAAAGCGUGUUGUCUUGCAAUUCACACCGGAAAGUUUCACAUCUAUACGAUGGCUGGAUCCAAAAUCGACAGCUAUGCGUUUUGCAGCUGUAUGCCAGUUGGUUAUAUUUUGGCAGGUGACUGAAYUGAAUACAUUUUUCCUUAAGCACAUAUUUGAAAUGCCACCAGAUCAUUACCUUGUUGUUGGACGUCUAGUAUUCAUUGGUCUCGUCGUGGCGCCCUCAGUGAGGCAAUACUAUACCUACGUGACKGACACGCGUUGUAAACGUGUUGGCACGCAAUGUUGGGUGUAUGGCGCUAUUAUGGUCUCAGAAGCAAUACUUUGCCUGAAGAAUGGCAAAGAACUGUUCGAACGUACACAAGGCAUUAAUAUUGUCUUGUGGCUAAUUACACAAGUUAUCUUAUCCGUGGCCUUUGUUUACGGUUGCAUGUUGUGGCAUCGUGCGCAAGACAAGUAUAAUAAGUCCACAGAAUCACCGAGCAAAAAGGGCAAAACACAAAAUGCUAAUAAUUCGCCAMAGCACGAACAAAAAGGCAAGAAAUCACCAAAAAAAUCUCCAAAACGCAACGUACAGAAAAUUGAAUAA